CGCCAUUGCCGUCUUUGCGGAGAAAGCGGCUAAUCAUGAUUGAAUGAACGUCGGUGGGGUUGAUCUGCCCGCCUAUUCUAUUCUGUCCAUCUGCAAUGUAGCUCUUGUCUCAGAAACACCACGGUGAUCUUGUGGACAUCACUCAACCCCCUCACAGCGCUAGACUUACUGUGAGACCCUGAGCCUUUCCUACUCGAAUAAGCCCCGCCUCCACAAGUCGCUUAUCCGUGGGGUUCUCGAUAGCUGAAGUCGUUACACAGGGUGAGAACGCACUGAACUUGCUGCUUUAUACCCCUGAGACAUUAGGCAACGUGAAAUAUGGACUUCCAGACACUCCAAGGUGCAGAAAAGCUGCAACAAGUCACCCAACUACUGGGCUCUUUAGAAAAGGACCUAAAUGAAAAAAAGCUCGGCAGCACUGCGAAGGUCCAACUACUUCUACAGUUGAGACAACAUGGCACAAAUCCAGCUGAUGCCGGUCCCAUCUAUUCAAAAAGGGGAAUGGAAAUUUUGGCGAAAUAUGGCGUCGACGGGGAAUCUGUAGACAUCCGUCGAGCUGCCUUGCGCUGUGUUGCUAAUGCUCUUCUGUUGGAUCCAAAGAUGCGUCAGCUAUUCGUAGAUACUGGCCAUGGCGGUAAACUAGCAGAAAAGCUCAAGUGCGACUCCUCGGAAGAUGAAAUGGUCAUCAGCCGGAUAUUAUUCCUAUCCACAUACGACACGACCAUGGAUUUUGACAAUCUUGUGAAUAAGCAUGGGCUAGGUGAUAAUGUCAACUAUCAAAUUGUCCGACAUGCUAAGCAGUUUCCAAAAUCGCUCAAGAAGCCUCUACCUCAGAUUGACGAGCUCGCUCUUAUCGACACACUGAAGCUCAUUUUCAACGUAUCCAAGAUCUAUCCGGAUUUGUCUGCAACAUUUGCGCCUUCAAUUCCUUAUAUAUUUAAGAUGAUCAGUCGGAUUGAAAUCCCCGCCAAGCCAUUGGAUGGCCUGCUUAGCUACCUGCUCAACUGCUUGUCUACUCUUGACCUUGAAAACAAGAAAGGCAAACCUUUUGACAGCAACCCACUAUUCCCGACAUUCAAUCAAAACUGUAAUGUUGACAAGCUGAUCAAUAUCCUGGACCAUGCCACGUCGUUAUACGGCCCGGAGGAGCUUGAGACCAAGGCCAUCGCACUUCUUCACUCGCUCAUUACCAUUCACGAACUGGCGCCAGAUGGGCCCCGUAAAUACAUGCAGUGGCUACUCUUGCCAGAGGACAAUGACAGGAACCAGCCUAUCGGACAAUCCGACACGCUUUCUUCCAAGUUACUGAAGCUCUCCACCGCACCAUACCCCAAUCUGAAAACCGCAAUUUCGGAGCUUAUGUUUGUGCUUUCCGGAAAGAACGCCGAAAACCUUACGAAGAAUAUCGGAUACGGCUUUGCUGCAGGACUACUCGCCACCCGUGGCAUGGAGAUCCCCAAGUCUGCCGGAGAGGCAUUCGCCGCAGAAACGUUUGACCCUGAGAUUAACCCCAUCACCGGUCAAAGAUGGGCCGCAGAGAAACAGGAUACGGGUCCACCUAUGUCCCAGGAAGAGAAGGAGAGAGAAGCCGAGCGGCUGUUUGUGCUUUUUGAGAGGGCCAGAGCCAACGGCAUCCUCAAGGUGGAGAACCCCGUCGCGCAGGCUGUCCGUGAGGGAAGACUGGAAGAGUUACCCGAUUCAGACAGUGAUUAAUUGAUUGAUUCUUGAGUUGUAUUAUAAUAUUAGGCUAAAUAUGUAAUUGAAACUUUAACAUGAUUUUAA